AGAUGUUGCCUGCCCUGCCCCGGAAGAUGCCUCAGAAUUCUACAAGAGGCUGGGACUGGACAUUUUGGCCACGUCCUACACUUCUGGGCAGUCUGAGGAGGUCUCAGUUUUUGUUUUACUUUACACUGUGUAUAUCUGAAAAUCUGAGCAACCAAGAAAACGCGCAGUACCAAACUGCAGGCCCACUCACGGACAAGACAGAGUGGUGUCUAAGUGGUCUCAGCCCCAGCAGACUGUCAGGCAAUUCAGAAACACUGGAAUAUCUGAGUCUGUAGCAACAGCUGCUGUCUAUGAAAAACAAUAUAAUCGUCCUCAUGAUCACCGUCAGCAUUGUCGUGAUCAAAAGAAAGAGGUCGUAAAUGGUGGCCCCAAGUACCAGCCUCAACAUUAUCCACAUGGGUACAUGCACCAUACGUAUGGAAGAUCUGAGGUCAAUUCUGGUCCCUUGUACAAUCAUCAAGCUGUUCACCAUACUCAUCCUCAUCCCAGGACUGGGUCAGAGAGAGUGGACACCAGACAGCGGGCUCGGCCAGCUCCCCCACAGCAGGGAGUGGUGAAAAAAGAGCCCCAGGUCAAGCCCAUUAACAGGUAUGCUCCUACAGAGUACAUCACACUACAGUAUCACCCAACACCAACUCUGGAGGACCUGGGCUUGACCAGCUAUCUGGACAGUCCUCCAUCCUCUCCUAGAGCUACCUCAUCUGAUCAAGACCUAGGUCAUGUGUCUACAUCAACUUCGAUGAUCACAAGAAUGGCAGAGAAACCUCAAGCCAUCUCUGCCAGUGAAACAGUCUAUAUCCCAAGAACUGCUCCAAAAGGCUGGGCCCCGCUAAUAGAGGUGGAUAUACCCUCACACGGAGAAACACCUCCAGUCGCCUCAAUGGGUGGUGGUAAUCCUACAUGUACCUCAGCACUGACAUCACGACCUCUUCAAACAUCUUUGGCUAAAAGACCAAGAAAAGGGGCAUGUGAUUCGGUGUCACACAAAGAUGACCUGUUUGGUGGUGUGUCACCCUAUAGCUGCUGGAGUCAGUCUGUAACAGAGGACCAGAGGCCUUCCUAGCAUCCCUAGCUUCAGAUCACCACUGUAACAUUUUGGACCAAUUAGUUUUGUAAACUUGCGACACUGGAGGGGAAACUUAAAUACUAAGUCUUUCAAAUUAUCUGUGACAUUCAAUUUUAUUUACAAUGUAUGUUAUUUUAAAGUACAAGUUUAGUUAUCGUCAGUGACGAUCCCAUUUUUACUCUAUAUCAUGUAGUUUUACAGUAUAUUGUCUGUGACAAUGUUAUAUAUGUAGGCACCAUGUGCCAAGUGAAUAAGACACAACAGAGUGUAUAAUGCUAGCUAUUUCAGAAUCGAUCUCUGUCCGACACAUUGGUUAACAAAGUGGUCAUCUCUAUGCAUUAUGCAAUUCAAUGUGAUUAAGUGGAUUUAUAUUUCUACAAAAAUGUAGUUGUUCAAUACAUCAGUAGGCUGUCAUUGAAAAAAAAUUCCAUACAAUACUAAUCAUUAGUACACUUUGUUAACCAAAGUUCACACUGUUUCUGAAAUCAUUUAUUAUUCAGACAGUUACAACCUGGGGCCUGAGGGCAAUAUGUAUGUAUGUAUAGGAAAUAUGUAUGUAUAGUCGUAUAUUGAUAUGCAGAUAUCCUGAAGUAGUGCAGAUUAAAAUUUCUUCCAAAUUA